AUGUCCUUGUAUCGGGUACGGCCUCGCGGAAGAGUGGCUGGAAACAGCCCGUGUGCGCUAGCCUUCCCUCCUCUCUCCCUCUCUCUCGAAUCAGCUCUCACCUCCCACACCGCGCACGGCGCAGCGGCAUGGGAGGCCGCCUAUGGCCUGCAGGGCGUGUCACCCCUUCCCCCCGCCGCCGUCGCGCUACCGCCCAGCGUGCCGCCCGCGCCGCACCUGGAGGCGUGCAGCGUGCGUUCCGCGUGGCGCCACAAGGUGGAGAAGCGGGGCGCGCAGGGGGAGGCGCAGGGGUGGGCGCGGGGGGCACACCCGCAGCCACCGUGGGUGCGCGGGUCAGAUGCAAGCAACCUGGGGCGAACGCGCGAGGCACAGAGGGACAUCUGGCAGCACCAGUUCCCGGCGGGCGACUGUACCACACAGAGGCUGCUGCUCAUUGAGUGGCCGGCGUCGCAGCAUGGGCUGGGGUCGCAGCUGCACAUCAUGAGCGCCGCUCUCAGCCUCGCCAUGCAGCAUUCUCGCGUGCUCGUGCCCACCGCCUCCUUUGACCGCGCCAACCAUGCCGAGUGCAACGCUACUGGCGCCCUGGCGUCCUUCCACUGCUAUUUCUUCCCGCUCGUCUCACCACACUGUGAGAGGGCAGCAGCGGAUGCAGCAGCAGCAGGGCAGGUGGGUGAGUGUGCGUCGCACGAGCCGCCAGCGAGGGACGGCGUGCUGGCGAGUGAGAGGCGCGUGGUGUGCUUCCAUGGGGAGCCGUACAGCGCUCUGUGGCUCGAGGCUGCAGUGGCCAAGCGGUGGUGGGGUGCAUGGUAUGAGCGGCCCAACACAGUGGAGGUGAAGGGCAAGAUGGCGGAAGAGGCUGACGUCAUGCCGCAUGUGCACUGGUGGCGGGCACAGUCGCUGCGCUUCAUGCUGCGCUGGCCCUCGCCCUACCUCUGCCACCUCACCAACCGCCUGCGCCACUCCUCCCUCUCCCUCUCCAUCGCCUCCCGCCUCUCCUCCUCCUCCGCCCUCCAAUCCUCCCUCCUGCGCUCCCACCCUCACCUGAAAGAGACAUUGCAAAGAAAUGCUCCCCCCUGCAGCUCUGAUCGUGCUACCAGCGGUGGGGAUGGUGGUGCCAGCAGCAGCAGGAGAAGGUUGCUGGAGAUUGUAGACACGAGCGCAGCUGGUAACACGAGCGCAGCCGGUAACACGAGCGCAGCCGGUAACACGAGCGCAGCUGGUAACACGAGCGCAGCUGGUAACACGAGCGCAGCUGGUAACACGAGCGCAGCUGGUAACACGAGCGCAGCUGGUAACACGAGCGCAGCUGGUAACACGAGCGCAGCCGGUAACACGAGCGCAGCUGGUAACACGAGCGCAGCUGGUAACACGAGCGCAGCUGGUAACACGAGUGCAGCUAGUAACACGAGCGCAGCUGGUAACAUGAGCGCAGCUGGUAACACGAGCGCAGCCGCGUGGUCCAGCAAUGAGUGGGGCGGGGAGGGGGCGGGGGAGGCGUACCUGCCGCGGCCGAUAGUGAGCAUGCAUGUGCGGCAGAGCGACAAGGGCGGGGAGAUGGCGCUGCACUCGCUGGCCGCCCACAUGUGGAUGGCCUACCGCCUGCGCCUCGCGCUGCCCCACCUGCGCCACAUCUGGCUCUCCUCCGAAAUGCAGACGGUGAUAGACGAGGCGGCGCAGUAUCGCGAUUGGACCUUCCUGCACUCCAGCAACGCGCGCACCAACGUGUCGGUGCCGCACUGGGACGUGGAGGAGGCAGCGGGGCGGCACGUGGUGGUGGGCAGCAGCCUGGCGGAGCUGCUCACUGCAGCGCAGUGCGACUUCUUCAUCGGGGCGCUGGGGUCCAACUGGGUGAGGAUGAUCAAUGAACUACGCUCCACCAAUGGCCGCCUGCUGCAUGGAUUCAUUGCCCUCAACAUACAAGAGUUUUGA